UUUUCAGAAAGAAGGCGUGUACCUAAAAUAAAUUCUUUAAUCAAAGUUAUUGUCUUUUUACAGCAUGUGAAGCAUAGCUGGACGGUGAAGAAUUUUUCACAUUGUUAUCAAGAAUAUUUGGAAAAUUUUGUUCACCUUCAUCGCGGUGAAGACACACUUACAUGGUCGAUUAAAAUUUAUCCCAAAGGCAAUGGCGAAAAUAACAAAGAUUUCGUUUUCUUAUGUCUUAACAGAGUAGUCAGUAAUACGAAUGCACCAUGCAAAAACGGAAAAAUUGGCUUCAAGUCUCGCUUUAUCUUACGAACUAGCGAAAUGAAGGAGAUCGAAAUGCGUAUUCAUCCGAAUCCCUCUCAUUCUGAUUACGUUUCAUACAUAAAACGAGAUAUUUUGUUUCCUCAAAUAUUUCUGCUGAAUCUUCGUCGGAAAUUUUUACUACGAAAUUGCGAUAGUAACAGCGAGCAGCAAUUGACUGAAGAUUACCUAAAGAUGUUGAAAGAUGAUGUAUUGACUGAUUUUACCAUAAGAGUAGGAGAACGUGAAAUCAGAGUGCAUCGUGCCAUUCUCGCAGCUCGGUCACCGGUGUUUGCAGCUAUGCUAAGGCAUGAAGACACCAAUGAAGCUAAAACAGGUGUAAUGGUAAUUGAGGAUUUGGAAUACGAUACAGUUACAGAAAUGCUCAAUUUCAUUUACUGUGGACACUGUUUAAGGGAUGUAAAUGAGUUUGCCUUUGCUUCUGAUUUGCUGAUUGCUGCAGAUAAGUACCGAUUGGAAGAAUUGAAAAGUCAUUGUGAGAAAGCACUGACAUUUGAAAAUGUUUGUGAAUUGCUCAUCGUUUCGGACAUCUACAGUGCACCGCGUUUGAGACAUCGUGCUGUAGAGUUUAUCAUUCAGCAUCCGAGAAAUAUUACGUCUACACCAGGUUGGGAGAAUGUGGUUAAGCAGCACCAUGAUCUUGUUACUGACAUCGUCCGUCACUUUGAUAAGUCAUCGUCAUCUGACAGAGGAACCUCAUAG